AUGCUCAAGCAAGCUCAGCCAGAGACCCAGGUCGCGGGGGGCGAGGACCCUGAACGUCGACUGCCGCCGUAUGAUGUCGAAUUCAAUGACUCAGACCCGCAGAAUGCAGGCGAGGCGAAGAAGUCCGCAAGCAAUGAUCCAUUUGGGUCUGAAGAUGUUGCGGAAGUAAAGUAUCGCACAAUGACGUGGUGGCAGUGUGGAAUGCUCAUGAUUGCGGAGAAUGUCUCUCUGGGAAUCCUCUCCAUCCCCUCCACUAUGGCAGUUCUAGGAAUGGUCCCUGCCGCCAUCCUUAUUGUCUUUCUAUCAGCCAUCUCAUGGUAUACUGGCUAUAUCAUCGGACAGUUCAAAGUUCGCUACCCACAUGUCCACAGUAUGGGUGAUGCCGGAGAAAUCAUCUUCGGCCCCGCUGGACGUGUCUUGUUGGAGCUUGCACAGCUUCUUCUUUUGAUCUUCGUGAUGGCAAGCCAUAUCCUCACAGGCACGAUUUUGUUGAGCACCAUCACUAAAAGCGCAGUUUGUGGCAUCGUCUUUGGCGUUGUCUCACUAAUUAUCUGCUUCCUCGGUGCUCUUCCUCGUACCAUGGCACGAGUCUAUUGGCUAUCGACUAUCUCUUUUGCAAGUAUCAUCAUUACGACUAUCGUGACCAUGGUCAGUAUCGGAGUUCAAUCCGAGGAUCCCGUGGAGUACCAUGCUUUCCGCCAGAUUAGCUUUUAUGAAGGGUUUUUGGCAUUCACCAACAUCAUGUUUGGUUUCAUUGUCCAUGUUACCUUCUUUGGUCUGAUCUCGGAAACGCAAAGCCCAGAGCAGUUCCCUAAGUCUUUGGCCAUGCUUCAAAUCACAGAUACUGUUCUGUAUCUUGUGGCAGGUCUUGUGAUUUAUCGAUACUCUGGUCAAGACGUCAAGUCUCCUGCUCCCUCUUCCGCAGGCCCUUUGAUGAAGAGAAUUUGCUUCGGCCUCGCUAUUCCAACAGUCUACAUCGCUGGAAUUGUUGUUGGUCAUGUUGCCUGCAAGUAUGUCUACGUUCGAAUUCUGCGCGGCUCAAGCCACAUGCACAGAAACAGCUUCGUUGGUAUUGGAACUUGGGUUGGCAUUGCAGGCCUUCUUUGGACCAUCGCCUGGAUCAUCGCUGAGUCGAUCCCUGGAUUCAACGAUCUCCUGAGUUUCAUCAGUGCACUUUUCGGAAGUAUUCUGAGUUAUGCAAUCCCUGCCAUCUUCUGGCUCUACAUGAACAAAGGCCGCUACACCUCCACGAUCUCAAAGACUUGUCUUACUGUUCUCAAUCUCGUUAUCUUCGGCAUCGGAUGCUUCAUGUGUGGAGCUGGAUUGUACGUUUCAGGCAGGGCUCUCAAAGAGAAUUCCGCUCACAGUAGUUGGUCGUGUGCUGUGAGCACCUGA